ACAGAUGGUAGAUAACAACUAGAAGGUUAUUAUAUAUAUAUUUGAUAAAACAAAAAAAUUAUAAUUCACUAUUCAAAGAGUUGUUUUUGUACGUACCAAUUAAAUACAAAUUUAUUUCACUCAUUCAAUCAUUUCAUAAAGAAUAACACUAAUAAAUUUAAUUUUAAACAAAUGGCUACUCGAGAAGCCUCUAAGCAUGCUACUAAAAUAGUUAGACCAUUAUUAUCAUCAGAUAAGUCAGAAGCGAAAAAGAGGGUUUUAAAUUUAUAUAAAACAUAUUACAGACAAAUUCCUUUGAUGUGUAAGUAUAAAAUUAUUAAAAUAUAUUUAAAAUGUGUCUAUAAUCUAUAUUAUAUUUGUAUUUUUUUUUUAGUAUUUGAUCGUCAUCUACCAGUCACAAAAGAAGAGUGCCAACAAAAGUUAAAGGAAGAGUUCUUAAAAAAUAAACAUGUUACUGAUGUUAGAGUCAUUGAUAUGUUAGUAAUUAAGGUAAAUAAAAACUAAUUUUUAUUUUUUUAAGGAACAGUUUAAUUUACUGGGCUAGUUUUUUUUUUUUAAUGCAUUUUUUUUGAUGCUGGUUCUGGAAAUAUUUUAAUUUAUUAUUCAAACAAUUGUAAAAGAUAAUCAAUUCUUUUCUUUUUUGUUUUGAAAUAUUGGAUUUGUUGAAGAUAAUAAUACAAUCAGAAUUUUUCAGAAAUUAUUAUUUUCAAAGUUAUAGUGGUUUGAAGAUUGUAUGUACGUGGAACAAACUUGUGGGGGGGGGCUGCCAACCUACCUACUCUAGAAUUUCCAACUCUGUACUACUGCAAGGAAGAUAGUGUCCUAAAUGUGAACCUAAACCUUUAUGUGAGUCCAGGCCUUUGGCCACCUCUAUGAACUUUGCAAGUUUACGUGAAACUUCUAAAACCAUAAAGAUGAACUUCAAAUAAUUAUAAUCUGUUGAUUUCUAAAAAAAAUUCAAAUAUUUAAAGAAUUAGUACUGAAAAACACAUCUCUUUAUAGACUUAUGACAAAUAUUGUGAUUCCUUGAAUAACAUUAGAUUGUAUUGAUCUAUUGAUCCAUUAUAACAUUUGGGCAGUUUUUAUUUAAAUAGUGACAUGAGUGACAAGUAUUUUGAAAUAUUAAAAACGAACUUAUACUUAAAAAUAUAAAUACAAUUAUUUAUUUAAUAUUGUAUAGUUUUAUUUCUAAUUUCAUUGAAUCUAUUUCACAUAAAUUAAUUUAAUAAUCCAUUAAAGUGGAUCGACUAUUUCUGCAGUCCUUAUUGGGUCUCUGCAUGCACCUAACUUGCUUGCGAUGAUUUCCUUCAUAGUUCUUCCUACAACUCCUGUAAUCCAUAUCUUUUUACUGUUCCAACUUGCUCUACUUCUCAUGGUUAUACCCACUCUCUCCACCACAGGCUGUGCUCCUUCCCCUUUUCACAAAUACUCUCCCUUCUCUUUUUUAUAAUAUUGAUCAUAUUUCAUCACGUAUUAUUGAUAUUUGAUUAAUGUUCUUAUGUAAUCUUUAUAAAAGUGUGUACAUUUUUGAAAUAAAUAAAAUAUAUUUUAAUUAACUAGUUGGAUUAGACUUUUCUUUUUUCUAGAAUUAUUAUCAGACUAUCAACUCUUUUGGAAUUCCUCAUUUGGACUAUAAGAAGUCAUAUUAUUAUAUUAUAAUAUGAUAUAUUGUUAAUAUAUUAUUAUUUGUUUAAUAUUUAUUUCCAGGGUCAAAUGUUGUUACAAGAAAUUGUUACCAAGUGGGCUCAAGACUGUCAUGUUAUGUCAUUAUUUAAAGAUACAGUUGAACAUAAACAAAAUGACUUUUUGUCAAAAUUUAUCAACAGCAAUGACUCUCAGUAGUCAAACAAAUUUAUACAGGAUUAGUUAUAUGUUUAGUAGUGAAAUCGAAUUGCAUAUAAUUAGAAAUAUAUAAUAAAAAUAAUGUUAAAAAGUAGGAAUUAAUAAAAUUUCUUUAUAAUUC